AGUAUCAUCAUUCACGUCCUGUCUGUCUCUCUCUACUUAUUUGUUCUUCCGCUGGAUUAACAUUACAACGUAGAUGGUGGAAGAAGCUUAGAAGUAUCUCCAAACAAAGCCAUAGUGAUGGUUUUCACGAGUUUCUCUUCUACACCCAACACAUCUUUUCCCCUGGCAGGCCCAACUAUUUCAGUUCCUCCAAGGCUAAGAAAUCACUUUACUCCGAGCAGGCAAAUAAAGUGUUGCUGCUCAAGUCACAACUUGAAAGAUCACAGAACACAGAAUGGCGAAAUGCUACAUUGUGAUGAGAAAUUGAGGAGGAGGCUUAUCCUUUUCGUUUCGCUCACCACGAGCUUGUUUCCAUCUCUAUCUUCAUCUGCCAAGACAAAGGUUAAAAAUCCUUAUGAUGAGAGACGGUUAUUAGAACAAAACAAGAGGAGACAGAGAGAAAACAACGUACCUGAAGACUUUCCCAAUUUUAUUAGAGAAGGUUUUGAGGUUAAGGUAGUAACGCCAGAGAGCUAUGUCAAAUGUGAUUCGGGACUUAUAUACCGGGAUUUCGAAGUUGGUAAAGGUGAUUGCCCAAAGGCUGGUCAACAGGUGACCUUCCAUUAUGUUGGGUACAAUGAGUCGGGGCGUCGAAUCGACAGCACGUACUUUCAGGGCGCUCCUGCCAGAAUUCGCAUGGGCACUAAUGCAUUGGUUCCAGGAUUUGAGGAAGGAAUAAAAGACAUGAAAGCUGGGGGCAAGAGAAGAAUAAUCAUUCCGCCGGAACUUGGACCACCGGUUGGACCUUCCACCUUUUUCAGCUCAAAACAAUUUGAAGUUUUUGAUGUGGAACUGGUCAGUAUUCAGGACUGUAAACGGAGGACAAUCGGGUUCUACUCCGAUUUUGUGUGUGAAUGAUAAUGGUUUUCUUUGCAGAAUUUUGUUUCCAGAGAAAUCUAAAGUCUGAAAGAAAAUGAAGAAUUCACAUUGGUGACUAAAAAAAAAAAAGUUCUAUCUAGCACCAUUUUGAAAGUUCACCGUAAAGACGAUGAUUGUUUUGAAUCAUGUCAGUCAAUAGAAUCAAGAAUAGGUUAUUA